AUGGCGUUUCUCCUCAUUUCAACCAUUCUAUUUUCGAUAUCUUUAGUUUUUGGAAAGCUAGAUGCCAACGAACGGGAAGAAUUGAGAGCAGACAAUAUGAAAUGGUUUCAUUCCCUAGAGCAGGAAAUGAACACAAUUCGAAUGGAAAACCAAAAGCUGCGUUUGGAUAAUGAGCAAUUAUCCGACAGACUUAGCACCUUGGAAUCAGCAGGAAGCUUUCACAGGUUGGGACGACAAACUGGUUCUAACGUGGCGUUCUAUGCAAUGAUCAGACAAAAUAUUCCACAUAUCACUCAACGCCAGACCCUCCAUUUUGACUCGGUGCAGACUAACGACGGAAAUGCUUAUAACCCGAGCACGGGCACUUUCAUGUGUCCCGAAGCGGGGACCUACGUAUUUCAUUGGAGCAUCAACCAGGCCGUACCCACCAAUGGAAUAGGUGGAACCAUCAGUACUAGUCUCCUCCGGAACGGCAUGAUCGAGGGAGCUCUUCAGACUGGAGACAAUAACGUACCAACCUCAAGUUCGAACUCCGUCAUACUGCAUUUACAUGCUGGGGACCGUGUUUACGUGCAGGUUACCCAGGCUAGCAGUGACGCUUAUAUUGGUCAGACUUACUCGGGCUUUUCUGGGUUCAAAUUGUUUUAG